GAGAGAGAGUGAGGGGGAAAGGAGGAGGAGGAGGAAGAGAAGCCCUCGUCGUUUGAGGGCAGAGGAGGCGGAGGGGGGUUGUGUGUGUUGCGUUGCGUUGCCUUGUGUGUGUGGAGGGGGCGGCUGCAAUCGAAAGCGCAGGAGUGGGCUUUUGCAGGCUUUUUCAAACACGCAACAACAACAACACAACCAGGUGUGUGUGUGUGUCUGUGAGAGAGAGAGGGGUGCGCCAACAGUUAUGGAGGCUGUGCGUUUGUGUGUGUGACUGAAAGAAGUGUGUAGGGAGGCCUCCCCAGCCACAGACCCUUCUGGGAGAAAAGCGCGUGUGUGUGUUCGUUGCGUGGCUUUCCUGAGUGUGUAGGUUGUGAGUGUGUCGGUUGUGGCGUUUGUUGUGCCUUCUAUUUUAGGUUCCUGGUCUCUGAGCAUCUUCCGAGGGGCGUGUGCGCCUUGUGGAGUUGUGUGGUUGCGUAGCCCCCACUCCACCUUCUUCUUUUCUCUCUCUUGGGGGACUCUUGUGGGGUUUUGUGUGUUGUAGCCCCCCCCCCCCUUUCUUUCCCCCCCAGUUUUUGUCUAUUUCCUCAACUUCUCUUUCCAAAGCCAAAAGCAACAUCUCCCUAGAGUCCCUCUAGAGUGCUGUUGACAGACACACAUUGAGUGUGUGUUGUGUGUGUGUGUGUGUGUGUGUGAGAGAGAGAGAGAGCGAGAGGCAGGAGGUCCCUCCGAAGCUGGUCUUUUUAAGGGAAAGAGCGGGAGAGAGAAGCGGGUGGAGCUUCCCUUCCCUCUCUUCCUCCUCCUCCUCCUCUGCGAAGGAAGCCCUCUAUCUGGCUUCAUCUUAAAACACAGAGCCCCCUUUUUCCCGCCUCUUUCUUCCCUUUUGGGGGGUGGGAGGGGGCUCGUUGGGCCUGAAUGGUCGCCGAAGCCUGGCCUUGUGGGAGGGGGUCUGCGACUCCUCUUGUGGCUCUUUGCCCCUUGCUCUACUUUACACCUCUCCCCUUGUGCCCUCCUCCUCCUCCUCCUCCCUUUCUUUGGUAGUCAAUCCUGGCUGAGUCAAAAAGUUUGAGAGAGAGAGAGAGAGAGAGAGUCUGGUGUCGGCGGCUGUUUCUUUGAAUGAAACCAGACUUUGGAAAGGAAAGGAAACCCAGAGGCAGAUACCCCUCUCUUUUCCGCGUGUGUUUGUGUGUCUCUUGGGAAAGGCUUGAGGAAGGAAGGAAGGGAAGCUGGGGCAGGCCUUUUUGUUUUCACACACACCCCACACACCCCUCCUCCUCCUCCUCCUCGGGCCCCCCAGCAUCCCAGCCCCUUCUUCUAGGUCUCCUCCUUUGGGUUUUUGUUACUUUUGUGUGUGUAUUGUGACUCUGCUGCUCCCUCUCUAGAAGAAGUAGCUGUGAUACUACUCCAUUAGUAAUCUAUGCCAGCAAUUAUGACAAUGUUAGCAGACCAUGCAGCGCGACAGCUGCUGGAUUUCAACCAGAAAUUGGAUAUAAAUCUGUUGGAUAAUGUGGUGAACUGCUUGUAUCAUGGAGAAGGAGCCCAGCAAAGGAUGGCACAGGAGGUUUUGACUCACUUAAAGGAACACCCUGAUGCAUGGACAAGAGUUGAUACUAUUUUGGAGUUUUCACAAAACAUGAACACCAAAUAUUAUGGCCUGCAGAUCUUAGAAAACGUGAUAAAAACAAGAUGGAAAAUUCUUCCAAGAGACCAGUGUGAAGGUAUCAAAAAAUAUGUAGUUGGCUUAAUUAUCAAGACUUCAUCUGAUCCAGCAUGUGUUGAAAAAGAGAAGGUAUACAUUGGGAAGUUAAACAUGAUUCUUGUUCAGAUACUAAAACAAGAAUGGCCAAAACACUGGCCAACAUUCAUCAGUGACAUAGUGGGGGCUAGCAGGACAAGUGAGAGCCUUUGCCAGAAUAACAUGGUAAUCUUAAAGCUGCUAAGUGAAGAGGUUUUUGACUUUUCCAGUGGGCAGAUAACCCAAGUGAAAGCCAAACACUUGAAGGACAGCAUGUGCAAUGAGUUCUCACAGAUAUUUCAGUUGUGUCAGUUUGUGAUGGAAAACUCUCAGAAUGCUCCACUGGUUCAUGCCACAUUAGAAACCUUGCUUCGAUUCCUCAAUUGGAUUCCACUGGGCUAUAUUUUUGAGACCAAGCUAAUCAGCACACUAAUAUAUAAAUUUUUAAAUGUCCCUAUGUUCCGAAAUGUCUCCUUGAAGUGCCUCACAGAAAUUGCUGGUGUCAGUGUAAGUCAGUAUGAGGAACAGUUCGUCACGCUCUUUACCUUGACCAUGAUGCAGCUGAAACAGAUGCUUCCAUUGAACACCAACAUUCGACUUGCAUACUCCAAUGGAAAAGAUGAUGAGCAGAACUUCAUUCAGAAUCUCAGCUUGUUUCUCUGUACCUUCCUAAAAGAACAUGGCCAGCUUAUAGAGAAACGUUUAAAUCUGAGAGAGACAUUAAUGGAAGCUCUUCAUUAUAUGCUGUUGGUGUCUGAAGUUGAAGAAACUGAAAUCUUUAAGAUUUGUCUGGAGUACUGGAAUCAUCUUGCUGCUGAAUUAUACAGAGAGAGUCCAUUUUCGACAUCUGCAUCUCCAUUACUUUCAGGAACUCAGCAUUUUGAUGUUCCACCCAGGAGACAACUUUAUCUGCCUGUUCUGUCUAAGGUCCGAUUGUUGAUGGUUAGCCGCAUGGCAAAACCAGAGGAAGUGCUUGUUGUGGAAAAUGACCAGGGAGAAGUUGUCCGAGAAUUCAUGAAAGAUACAGACUCUAUCAAUUUGUACAAGAACAUGAGAGAAACACUAGUUUACCUUACCCAUCUGGAUUACGCAGAUACUGAACGGAUAAUGACGGAGAAGCUUCACAAUCAAGUAAAUGGUACUGAAUGGUCCUGGAAAAAUCUAAACACUCUUUGUUGGGCUAUAGGCUCAAUCAGUGGAGCAAUGCAUGAAGAAGACGAGAAGAGGUUUCUUGUUACAGUAAUAAAGGACCUUCUAGGACUCUGCGAGCAAAAGCGAGGGAAAGAUAAUAAAGCUAUUAUUGCAUCCAAUAUAAUGUAUAUAGUGGGGCAAUAUCCAAGGUUUUUGAGAGCCCACUGGAAAUUUCUGAAGACUGUCGUCAACAAGCUUUUUGAAUUUAUGCAUGAAACCCACGAUGGUGUCCAGGAUAUGGCUUGUGAUACUUUUAUAAAAAUAGCUCAGAAAUGCCGCAGGCAUUUUGUUCAAGUCCAAGUGGGAGAAGUCAUGCCAUUCAUUGAUGAGAUCCUGAACAAUAUUAAUACGAUAAUUUGUGAUCUUCAGCCACAACAGGUGCACACUUUCUAUGAAGCAGUUGGAUACAUGAUUGGCGCACAGACUGAUCAGACAGUACAAGAACAUUUGAUAGAGAAGUAUAUGUUACUGCCUAAUCAAGUAUGGGACAGCAUAAUUCAACAGGCCACAAAAAACGUUGAUAUUCUAAAGGACUCUGAAACAGUUAAGCAAUUGGGAAGCAUCUUAAAAACAAAUGUGAGAGCAUGUAAAGCUGUUGGGCAUCCAUUUGUAAUUCAGCUUGGAAGAAUCUAUUUGGAUAUGCUGAACGUCUACAAGUGCCUAAGUGAAAAUAUUUCUGCAGCCAUUCAAGCCAAUGGUGAAAUGGUUACAAAACAGCCUCUGAUUAGAAGUAUGAGAACAGUAAAAAGGGAAACAUUAAAACUAAUUUCUGGCUGGGUGAGCAGAUCCAAUGAUCCACAGAUGGUAGCUGAAAAUUUUGUUCCCCCUUUGCUGGAUGCAGUUCUUAUUGAUUACCAGAGGAAUGUUCCAGCUGCCAGGGAGCCUGAAGUACUUAGUACAAUGGCCAUUAUAGUAAACAAGUUGGGGGGACAUAUUACUGCUGAAAUACCUCAGAUAUUUGAUGCUGUCUUUGAAUGCACAUUGAAUAUGAUCAAUAAGGACUUUGAAGAGUACCCUGAACACAGAACAAACUUUUUCUUACUACUACAAGCUGUAAACUCUCAUUGCUUCCCAGCAUUCCUGGCCAUUCCACCUGCACAGUUCAAAUUAGUACUGGAUUCUAUCAUUUGGGCUUUCAAGCACACAAUGAGAAAUGUUGCAGAUACAGGCCUUCAGAUCCUUUAUACACUUUUACAAAAUGUUGCACAAGAAGAAGCUGCUGUCCAGAGUUUUUAUCAGACUUACUUCUGUGACAUUCUUCAACAUAUUUUCUCUGUUGUAACGGACACGUCUCACACUGCUGGUUUGACGAUGCAUGCAUCAAUUCUUGCAUACAUGUUCAACUUAGUAGAAGAAGGAAAAAUAAGUACUCCUCUAAACCCUGGAAAUCCAGUGAACAACCAAAUGUUUAUUCAGGAGUAUGUUGCUAAUCUCCUUAAAUCCGCAUUUCCUCAUCUGCAAGAUGCACAAGUUAAACUGUUUGUAACAGGACUCUUCAGUUUAAAUCAGGAUAUUCCUGCUUUCAAGGAACACCUUAGGGACUUCCUGGUGCAGAUAAAGGAAUUUGCAGGUGAAGACACAUCUGACUUAUUCCUGGAAGAAAGAGAGACAGCUCUUCGACAGGCCCAGGAGGAGAAACACAAACUUCAGAUGUCUGUCCCUGGCAUCCUUAAUCCACAUGAAAUUCCUGAGGAAAUGUGUGAUUAAAAAAUAACCAGUUUUGCUGUUUUCUUUCUGUACAGCUGCUUUGUUGUGGAAGAAAGCAGGACUUGGAUAUUUCUUGACCAAAAUGAUGCCAAUUUGUAAAUUUAAGAUGUCACCUAGUGGCCCUUUUUUCUUAUGUGUUUUUGUAUAAGAAAUUUUCUGUGAAAUAUCCUUCCAUUGUUUAAGCUUUUUGUUUUGGUCAUCUUUAUUUAGAAUUGCAUGAAGUUGAAAAUUAAGGCAUUUUAAAAACAGAACACUUCAUGCCCAUUUUGUGGCUAAGGAUAAAAAAGGCAAAACAUAUAACUUGUAAAAUCUAUUGCAGAAUUAUACAUUUUCCCAGUUAGAACAGAGAUUUUUAUAAAAUUAGGGAUCACUUUCUCUCUAGGCUGCUCUGCAGUCUAGAAGAAAAAGAGUAAUACGUAAAUCCAUCAGAUAAAUGGUUAGGGAUAGGAGGACAAGUGCUGCAUCAUCAAAUAUGAGCAGCUUUUGGGCUAAUGGCUAGACUAGGCAACCGAUAUUUGCAAGUCAUAUGGCAAGUCUGCAGCAAGAUCAUGUGCAUAUCAUCCCAUUGUAAAGCAACUUGGAAAAAAAAGAGUAUGGGAACACAGUACAGUUAGUUAUUUUUACACAGUUCUUUUGUUUUUGUGUGUGUGCUGUCGCUUUGUCGACAACAGCUUUUUGUUUUCCUCAAUGAGGAGUGUUGCUCAUUUGUGAGCCUUCAUUAACUCGAAGUGAAAUGGUUAAAAUAUUUAUCCUGUUAGAAUAGGCUGCAUCUUUUUAACAAGCUCAUUAAAGAAGAACUCUGGCUUUUGAGAUGACUUCUACUAAUUUACAUUGUUUACCAUGCUGUAGUGCUUUAAGAACACUACUUAAAAAGCAAAAUAAACUUGGUUUACAUUUA